GGAUGUGUUGAUUAGCUACAAGAAAGCAGCGGCUAGUAGCGGCUAACAGGGGCUAGCAUUAGCUGUGUAUUUGGCUGAUAUUACCUCGAAUCUUUAAAGCAUAAUUGUGUGAAUUUAAAGCGUUUUCAUCUUAAAUAAAAUAUGGGUGCGAAAACAUAAUUCAAUAAGCCCAACGCGUAACGACGAAGUAAAAAAAUAAUACAAGAGUCCCGUAGCCGACAACGGUUAGCACAACUCCAGCUACCAGCGAGAUACCAGUUAGCUUUGUCCAGACAUCAACAGCCAUGACUCUGGUAGUCGGUCGGGAACCCAGAACGACGGCGGGGAACCGCAUGUCCAAAGUAUUGGAUGCCGAAGAAGAGGACGAGUUCUACAAGACCACGUAUGGAGGCUUCAACGAAGAAUCGGGCGAUGAUGAGUAUCACGGCGAACAUUCAGACACGGAGGACGAGGUGGAUAGUGACUUUGACAUCGACGAGGGCGACGAGCCAGACAGCGACCAGGAGGAGGAUGCUCCUAAGAGGAAAAGUCGAGUGGUCACCAAAGCUUAUAAGGAACCUAUAAAGGUGGCAAAACCCAAACCCAAGAGACCCUCCGAGGAACAGAAGAAGACCGAGAAAACUAAAGUGGAGCUGAAGAGGAGGAUUCCACAAGAAUUCCAAGAUUUUAGCGAGACUCGGAAGUCUGUGCGACAGUCCACCAGUGAACACACCCGCAAGACCAACCUGCGCCUGCAAGAGCGUCAGGAUGCCCCUCGGAGGAGGAGAGGUGCUCAUCGCGACCGGCCACUUACCCAGGACGAAUUGCUGGCUGAGGCCAAGAUUACAGCCGAGCUUAAUAUUCGAUCACUAGAGAACUACGAACGUCUGGAGGCAGACAAGAAGAAACAAGUCCACAAGAAACGCCGUUUUGAGGGACCAACCAUCCGUUACCAUUCAGUCCUGAUGCCCCUCGUCUCUCACUCAGUCCUGAAAGAAGAAAAUGUCGACGUUGAAGGGUUGGAUCAGGACGUUCCUCAGACUGCACCACAAAAUCCCACCACGCCUUCCCAGCAGCAUGCGGGGGGCCUGUGCUCCCGGACCUACAUCACCUUCAGUGACGACGAUGCUUACAAGGCGGCCUUCGCGCGCAGCGCACAGUCCAGUCCUCCGCUUCCCGUCCAGGAGGUUUGUCCUGUCACCCACAAGGCCGCACUGUACCGUGACCCAGUCACUGACAUACCUUACGCCAACACGCGAGCCUUCCGCAUCAUCCGGGAAGCGUACCGCAAAUAUGUGGCGGCUCACGGAUUCCCAAACACCUCGGGAGGGAUGACGGGACUUGACUCCUCGGCAACUAAGGGUGCUCGCCAGAAAAUGCUCGUCAAGCAGAGUGCAGUUGCAACAUAGGUCAGUUUCCUAAACAAUUUUAGGAAAAAGGUUCGUAUUUUUUUAUUUCUCAGUUCAGGUACAGUGACAUAAGGGAAACCAUGAUCCUCCUCCGCCACCGAACUACACUCUAAAUUACAUCUCAUCUCGAUCCACACAUUGUCCCUGGCAUCAGUUUCAAUCAGUUGCUGUAUUUACUUGAACUGCAAAAACUGUCUUCUCUGUGUUCAAGAGUUCAUUUUGUACGUCAGCACACCGGACAAAUCCAGACUGAGCGGAUGAAAAACUAUGACUUGCCUUUGGAAUUCAAAAUAGGUUGGCAUCUGCACAUCGGCAGCUUUGACCGUUUUUUUUUUCUUUUUUCUUUUAAUGAUUUGCCCUUUUUACUGUUCAGAUUUUCUGUUUCUACAAAUGUACAUACUUUUCAACAACAAAAAAAGAAAAUAAAUAUUUGAAACUUUGAAUAAUUCAUAUUUAAUCUAUGAACUCUGGUUUAUAAGACUUUUCAUUAACAUCAAACACUGAAAGGACCCAAUAAACCGCAAUAAACUUCAACGUGAUCAAAAUA